GAACCAUCGUUCAUCUGGGGUUGUUGUGUGAGAAGUGGAACAAAACAACUGGCAGUAACAGUGUGAAAUGAGGAUGAAAAUAUUUGCUCUGUGAAAGGAAGACCUGUCCUCAAAAUGCUGCAUGCAAAGAUUAAAGUGGAGAAACCAGAUCUGGAGGGGGCUGGAGCGAGGAACCGCCUGGAGGCAGUUCUGCAGGGUCUCAUGGAGAAGAGUGACUGUGAGAGAGAACAGAAUGAAGAUGAUACUGGGAAGGUUGUUGCCGACGCUUUAAGCAAGGACCUUUCACCCUCCUCUGCUGGAAAGAGGCCAUCAUCACGCUUCCCACAGCACCGCAGGAAGAAGCGCAAAGAGAUGGAUGACGGCUUGGCAGAUCCCAAUCAGCACAAACAAAAUGCCUAUAUCAUUAAGCUGUUUGACCGCAGUGUGGAUCUGGCCCAGUUUAACAGCAGUACACCACUCUACCCCAUAUGCAGGGCCUGGAUGAGAAACAACCCGUCAGUCAGAGAAAGAAGUGCUCACAGCAGCCCUCCCCACUGCAUGGGCGAGGAAGAGGUCACAGACAUGCCCAAUGGUAAGAGUCAGAAUGUGUACAGACUUCCUCCACCUGUUUCCUGUCCACUCAACUCCUCAGGAGAGCCAGUCAUUUUGAGGAUCCCGCCCACUGAGAAGCCCAGUGCCACUCAGACCACAGAUGGUGACUCUGCGAACACUCCUCUGAUAGUCAACCACAUGAAACGCUGGAAGAAGAUUAGACAAAAAUGGAAGGAGGCGUCUAAUAAGAACCAGCUGCGGUACAGUGAGAGCAUUAAGAUUUUGAAAGAGAUGUAUGAGCGAUAGGGAGGCGUUUGUUAGGGCAGAUCUGUUUUGGAUUACAGGAGAACAUCAUCACUGAGUGACAGAUCAGUAGAGGUUUGCUUAUGUAUGCCUGUAUAUUUCUUUUGUCCCAUUCCUUCCCUUUUCCCCCUCAUGUUCUGGUUUCUAUACACACAAACACACACACACACACAAACCAAUGAGUCUUAUGUCCACCUGAUGACUGAGCCAGCCUUUAACAUAACACUUUGGUUUUCUGUAUGUUGGGUUUUGUACUUCACUGUUUAUUUCCUCUCUGUAUGAUCUUUAUAUAGAUAUGAAUAUAUGUAUAGAAUUA